CGCGGGAUGUGGAGCCCAUGACGUUCUUCCCCAAAAUUCAACCCACUUUUCAGAUCAGAUCCCACCAAACCAACCUCAUUCAUUUCACACACUCUCAAACAACACUUGUACCAAAACCCCUACCAUUCUGGAUCACACUCAACUGCUCUGCUCUGCUAAAUCAAUCAAUCACUUAGUUAGAUCCAGCUAGUGCUGCAAUGGCGGUCGUAGCACGUGCCGGCAGAGGCGGUGGCGGAUCGCCGUUUUCCUCCGCCCUACGCAGCUUCUUCUCUUACCGGAUCUUCGUCUCCGCUAUGUUUACUCUUCUCUUCUUCGCAACUGCUUCCGUACUCUUCUCCUCGCAUCCUGCACAUUUGUCUGAUGAUACUUCUGAAAUUGAAACAACUGGGAGAGCAUAUAUGCACAGAACAUUUCUUGCUUUGAAAUCGGAUCCACUGAAGACGAGGCUGGAUUUGAUACAUAAGCAAGCAAGUGAUCAUAUCAUGCUUGUGAACGCAUAUGCUUCUUACGCAAGAAAGCUCAAGCUUGAGAUAUCAAAACAGCUUAAGAUGUUUGAUGACAUGGCACAGAACUUUUCAGAUUUGGGCUUAAAACCGACGUAUCGAACUGCAUUGUUCGAGUCAGACGAGCCCGUAGAUGAGGAAAUCUUGAGACAGUUUGAAAAAGAGGUUAAGGACAAGAUUAAGGUUGCUAGAUUAAUGAUUGCCGAAAAUAAGGAAUCGUACGACAAUCAGCUGAAAAUUCAGAAGUUAAAAGACACAAUAUUUGCAGUUAACGAGUUGCUAGUUAAAGCCAAGAAGAACGGGGCGUUUGCUAGCUUAAUCGCUGCUAGAUCGACCCCGAAAAGCUUGCAUUGUCUUGCGAUGCGGUUAAUGGGAGAGCGGAUUGCAAAUCCCGAAAAGUAUAGAGAUGAGAAACCGAAACCUGAAUUUGAGGACCCGUUGUUGUACCAUUACGCUAUAUUUUCCGAUAACGUGAUUGCGGUUUCGGUUGUGGUGAAUUCGGCUGUGAAAAAUGCGGAAGAACCAUGGAAACAUGUUUUUCACAUCGUUACCGAUAAGAUGAAUCUUGCCGCAAUGAAAGUAUGGUUCAAAAUGAGACCCGUUAAAGGUGGGGCCCACGUUGAGGUGAAAGCGGUUGAAGAGUUUACGUUCUUGAAUUCUUCAUACGUUCCGGUACUCAGACAACUCGAGUCCGCAAAUUUACAAAAGGUUUACUUGGACAACAAGGCUGAUAACGAAACACAAGAUGAGAAAAACAUGAAAUCAUCCGGGAACACGGACACAAAACAUUUGUCGAUGUUGAAUCAUCUUAAGUUUUACUUGCCUGAAAUGUAUCCAAAGCUACAUCGGAUAUUGUUUUUAGAUGAUGAUGUUGUUGUUCAGAAAGAUUUGACCGCGUUGUGGAAAGUUGACUUGGACAACAAGGUUAACGGAGCGGUUGAGACGUGUUUUGGGUCGUUUCAUCGUUAUGCUCAUUAUUUGAAUUUUUCACACCCCUUGAUCAAGGAUAAGUUUAAUCCCAAAGCUUGUGCGUGGGCUUUUGGCAUGAAUAUUUUUGAUCUUGAUGCGUGGAGGCGUGAAAGAUUAACCGAUCAGUACCAUUACUGGCAGGAUCUGAAUGAAGACCAGAGUUUGUGGAAAGUGGGGACGUUACCACCGGGGUUGAUGACAUUCUACUCAACAACGAAAUCACUAGACAAAUCAUGGCAUGUUCUCGGAUUAGGAUACAACCCGAGCAUAAGCAUGGAUGAGAUUAAAAAAGCUGCUGUCAUUCAUUAUAACGGGAAUAUGAAACCGUGGCUCGAUAUCGCUAUGAACCAGUUCAAAGAGUUAUGGACUAAAUACGUCGAUAGUGAAAUGGAAUUCGUGCAAAUGUGCAACUUCGGACUAUAAACAAGUGAGUAAUUAGAUCCAUUUUUGGGCUGUUCUUGCUAGCUGCUACAUGUUAUUUGUUUUAAUUAGUGUAUGUACGCUAUUUUUACACACGUUCUCGAUAGUUGAAAGUGUUGAAAUAUCGAGUCCAAUGCUCGGGUCAGGACUCUGGCUCUGGUAACAUAUGUGUCUAAAAUGAUUCUUUUGUAUCUCUUGAUAAGUUUAAAGUAUAAGCAAUGCAAGCAUUCUAAGUUAUUUGUAUU